UAUAAGUUCAUUAUUUUUGCAGGGAGCAGCGUGGUGGAAGGAGAGUUUAGAAUUACUAAUCAGAACUUCUGGCCGGGGUUGGAGGAUCCCACGUCCGAAGAGUAUAGAUCGAUGGCUGAUUCAAUAGAAAACGAGCUGGACAUACUAUUUCGUGGAUCUGUGUGGUCACGUGAAUACAACCACAGUCAAGUCAUAACUUUCUCUGAGGGUUCUCUUCUAGUACGAGCUCAGCUGGUGCUCAAUACAGCUGAUGAGGCUGCAGCUCAAAAACUAGGAACAGCGUUUCUCCGAGGCCUCCACAACCGUCAUGGGCACGAAUGGCUCGGGCAGUAUUCUGUCGAUAUCACGUCCAUUAGGUUCACCGAGGUGGUGGUGGUGGACACCUUACCGCUGUCCACGACCACCUCGCCUGCAACCACUACAGUUGCAACUGAGGAAUCCUCAACUGUAGUAAUGGAGGCUUCACAUCGCCUCCCUAGCCUUAAUGUAGGGUGGGGAGAAUGGGGCCCCUGGUCAACCUGCUCUCCGUGUUCUCCUCAAUAUGACCAGAUCAGAACUCGGCAGUGUCGCCUAGACGCAGGCCGAGGCAUCUUAGUCAACAGUAUUGAGCCCUGUUUACCAUCAGGCCUUGGGGGUCAACUCCAGGGUACAGGCGGUGAUUUGGAGACACGCCCAUGCCAGUGUGAUCACACUCUUCUUGAUUCCACUACCACCACUACUACUACUACCAUGUCGACAACAACUACCACUAAAAGUACAACCACCCCUCCACCAUGGAAAGAUGAGCAACCCCAGAAAGAGGAACGAGUGGAUGAAAUGAGUACAGAGCGAUUGUGUGACUCUUGUCUGCCAGGGGAAGUCUGUGUCGGUCUGCAGGGUGAGGCAUACCCUACCUGUCGAACAGCACGUGAUUCUGGGGACAGAACAGGUUGUGGUGGUCUUUGUGCUAUUGACUCUGAGGUGUGCCAGGCUCUAGGGUCCCGAGCAUUUCAGUGUCAUAGUGCCUCUCUCUGUCUACAUGAUGAGUGGCGCUGUGCUGACGGCUUGUGUAUCCCACACAUCAAACGCUGUGAUGGUCACAUGAAUUGUUAUGACCAAAGUGAUGAACUACACUGUCGGUGUGGACCAGACAAGUUCCAGUGUGGCAAUAAUACUUCCUGCCUACCAGUAACCUCCAAAUGUGAUGGUAAAAUGGACUGUUGGGAUGGUUCUGAUGAAGCCAAUUGCACAACUUCUAAGGGAGUGUGCCCCAACCCUGACACUCAGUUUACUUGCCGCAGCAGUCAGUGUAUCCCCCAGCACCAAUUCUGCGACGGGUUGGAGGACUGCAGGGAUGGGUCAGAUGAACCCUUCGGUUGCUUUGGACGGUGCCAACCCAACGAGCAUCAAUGCAGGAAUAGGAGAUGCAUCCCAGCUUCCAGCGUCUGUGAUGGUGGGGACACGUGUGGCGACAACAGUGAUGAACAGGACUGCAAUCGGACUCUCGUCACUCUCCCACCGAGAACGGGAGCUCCUCUCUUGAACCUGUCAAGUACUAGAAGUUUGAUAGGGACCACUCUCCUAAAUGUUUCCACCAUGGGAGGACAUCAAACGACCGCACGAACUGAUCGUAUUUGGCUACUUCACCUUGGAGGCAGUAAUGCCUCAAACAUGGAAAAUACACCCUCAGUAAAUGCUUUUCCUUCUUCCUUUACCAAUACUGAAGACCGUGGUAAUGCAUCUUUUGCUUUAUAUAUAACAAAAUCUUUGAUAGAACAAAAUCCAUCUACAUCUACCACGAUGCCACAAAUUUCUGGGAUCUCCACUGAUAACAAUACAUAUAAUGAUAAAAGAGAUCGGAAGUCUGAAGGCAUCUUUAAUGCUAAUGAUGCUUUAUCACAGUCAGAUAGUCAUGGAAGAGUAUCUCCUGUCAUAGAUAGAAGUUGGAGACGAACUGCCCAAGUUAUGCCCAGUAUGGAAGAGUUUGGAGACGCUUUUGGUCACAAGGUGAAGAAAGAUCCAGUGACUGGCUAAACUAGCUACUCAGUACUCCAUGAAACAAAUGACAGGUUUAGUGCUUCAGACUGUGGAGUCAGCAAUAUGGAAAUGCAGGGUAAUAGAAGAACCUCACUUGGACUCGACAUACAUAUUCCCACUGACCAAGAACGUGUCUAAUUACCGUAUCAUGAAUUAGAGUAUUGCUCGGUAAAAAGUGCUUUGUAUGUGUGUCUGUGAGAAUGAGCAGAACCAUUUUGUAAUGGAAAAUUUUUUUAAAAGUAAAGAAGGAUGUAUAUUGAAAUUCUCAAAGUUGGCUGCUAUUUUAGUAUAUCAAUGUUAUGAGAUGAAAAAAAUAUAUUGCAUCACAAUGUUGAUAUAUUGAUGUUGUGAGAGGAGAGUCCUUUUUGUAUAUCUAGUUGAGAAAUACCAAAGAUUGUAUGUAUAUUUUGUCCUUGUUAGGACCUCAUGAUGUUAUCUAGUCUGUAUGAAAAUGUACUUAUUAUGUAUUAGUUCAGUAGCCACUGGUAAGAUCAAUGCUGUACAAGUGAGUUAGAAAAGUUAUCACGCUUAACUCACUUGCAGUGACCAUGCCAUGGAGACUAUGGUUGGAAUUUCUCAGCUUAUUUUCAACAGUGUUUAGGGAAUGUAUUUACUGAAUUGAGGAAAGUGCUAUCGGAUGUACCAAGUCCAUACCCCAAAGUGGACUGUACUCUCCCCUACCAUUCUGUACUCUGUGAAUAUGCUUGUUGUAUCUUGCUCUCCAUUACUAACCCACAAAGUAAGGGAUUGUAGUCCUUUGCUCUUUGGUUAUCUUAUUCUUGGUUUCACAGUUUGUCAUGAAAAUCCGGCUACUAAAAUUUAUUGGACAAUCGAUUAACAUUUGAUGACUAAGGGAUCUUCGGCUUUAAAUUUCAUGUAAAAUAUUUGUGCAUUGAUAUUUGUUAGAAAAACAUCCAGUUAUGUUAUUCAUCGUUCUUGAUGGCAUCAUAAAAAUAUGUACAGUAUUACACAUUACUUAAAGUGGAAUGAUACAGCUGUGUUCAGAAAUAUUAAAGCUCAAGAGAACAUAACCUCAAGUGUGAAGUCCUGGUAUCCGGAUAGUAAUGACUUAACUCAAGGACCACCAACCCAGGUUUGAUGGGAGGAAUGGUUCAGGACAUUGUGCCUUCCUAGUACAGAUAAUGUACUGUAAAACUUCAGUUCCAUAGUUUGCAAAAGGUCCUGCUAUGAAAAGUGAGAGUUUUCCAAGUUACUGCUUUGGUAUUUAGUUUUUGAAAAUUGCAAAUUGGGUUAUAAGCCUUGUCUUGUAAAUUUUAAGGCUCUCAUAUCUGGAGUCUUCAGUAAUUAGUGACUAGGGCUUGGAGCUUCAUCUAUUUUAUUUAAAAUAUUUUAGACUACAAGUCCAGCAUAGUUCUGAGGAUUUGUUAUAAGUAAUUAUGCAUGAGGCAGAAGAUUAUUACAUUCCACCUCACAUCUAAAUUUAUAUACUGUACUGUAUUGGGUGUUACUUGAACUGAUGUCUCUUUUCCUUUUGGCUAAUGUAAUGUUUAUUGUUACCAAGGCCACCAUCUUCUUUCAAGUUUCUCUUUAUGUUAAUAUAAAUCCAACACCCAUAAAAUUAUCACACAAAUUACAUUCUGUAAAAUGAGUCUCUGCCUCUGUUGCACAGCUCAGCCUUGCUACUAGUCUCAGAGGGUUGUAUAUAUAUAUAUAUAUAUAUAUAUAUAUAUAUAUAUAUAUAUAUAUAUAUAUAUAUAUAUAUAUAUAUAUAUAUAUAUAUAUAUAUAUAUAUAUAUAUAUAUAUAUAUAUAUAUAUAAACCUUAAAACUUUUAAAAUUUAUAACCAAAUGAUGAAUUACAGUACACACACUUUUUUUUUGUCUCCGCACAUGAGUAGUCCAGAGAGUUGCGCCAUAUUCAUCAAUUAACUGCCUGGGCUAUACUAAUUUCUCCGUUAUAUAUAAUUUGAAUUUGCAUUUAUGUUCAUGCCAAAUAGUUUCAUGUUUGAACAAUAUUUUCUGCAAAUUACAGGUAAACCUCUGUUUAUGCUAUCCCAAUCCAUGAUAAUUCACAUUAAUGAUGAUGAUAUAUUAAGACCACUUCUCUAUUUACGAUAUAAAUAAACUCGCAUUAACGAUAUUCGUCAUCCCACCAACUCACCAAGUCAGUAUAUGGAAUGCAUCACUCACUUCAUUUGUCAGCUGAGGCGUCAUCGACCUGAACACUGAGCACUGCCUCAUGGUCAUCUGGUGAACUACAGUCCAGGCAUCAUUUCUUAUUGGUUAGAUGUGUGUAAGAAAUGGAGUUUAAUGUUAAUGAGUCAUCAUCAGUGUUGUUUUUUUACCUUACAGUGAGAGGACAUCACUGAAGUUUGCAUUAUACUCUAUUUUGGUGACUGUGAAGUUCUUUCGCUCUGACUAUGAAGUGUUUUCGCUCUAAUCGCCCACCCCGACAGUGGAUGACCUGACAUUACAUCAGAAGGUCAGUAAUAUGAGACCACUAAUCCCUCCACUGCAAAUGAAGGAAAGAGUUUUUGUGCAAUGAGUAGACCUUAGGGGUGGCAACGCCUCCAGACGUAAAAAAUGAUUACAGUUCCAUAUUACAUCCAGGAGAUUGGAUAGUAUACUCAUACUGUUGGCUCAAGAUGAAGAUACUGUAUUGAUAUAUAUAUUUAUUGUUUAUAUAAAAUACAUUGUACAUGUACAGUGGUGUUUGUGCAAAUAAAUACAGCUCUUGUGUCUAUCCAUGUGAGAUGCGUAGCUUAGACUCAGUAGGGGCAGAUCCAGAAGAGGGGUGGGGGGGGGGGGGCCUGGACUCCUCCCUUUCAUCAGAAAAUUCUUCUUCUUUUUUCUUUAAUGCUGUAUUGUACUGAGGCAUUUUUGUAUAGCAAAAAUUAAGUACUAUUUACCUCAGAAUAUCUCCUAAUAUCAAGUGCUUACAGCGCCCCCUUCCUAAAGCCUUCCACCUGUUUAGGCUUGCUGUGCUUGCCAUGUUCCCCCACUCCAACUUCAUGGACCCCCCCCCCUUUUUGAUAUUCCUGGAUCUGCCCCUGUUCGGGAAAGCAGUGGGGAAUUCCAGUGUGAUACACACAAGGCAUCUCGCACACCCAUAUAUAGAUUUUUAGCUUUUUAAAUAUAUUCAAACUUAAUUAGAACUGAUUUUAUAGACCGGAAAAGUCUGAUAGAGAUUUAAUCAGGAUUAUUAUGGUAUCAAGGUCAUCUCUCUAUCAAAAUUAGCAGAUGCUCGAGUAUAGGAGGUAGUGGAGUGAGGUAGGAAGGCAAGGGACCUGGGGGGGUGGUGACUUAAAGAGGUUCGUUCGAUUUUUACCCAGUGCGUAUCACUGACUCCUCUCUUGCUCAUUCUAUUAUAACUCCUUCAUGAUACAAUAUUAUUUGUUAUUCAUCAAUUAGUAAAGAUACAUUACUCUAAUAAUUUUUACCCUUCAUUUACAAUACUGUAUUGUAUAUAUCUCAUGGUACCAAAUUCAUUUCUCUAAAACAAAUAGAGCAAAUGUUGUGAAUAAAAUUUUAUGAACUUUUUUGCUAGCCAUAAAUAUAUUUGCUACUUAACUUUCAAAUAUAUUCAAGACAUCUUCAGGUCAUGAGACUCACUAAUCCCCUGCCUUGACACUGGGUGAUCUGACAUUGCAUGAGGCCACCCCAUCCCCUCUCCAGCUGACAAUGAUUAGAUCAAGUACGUAACAUGAGACCCACUAUUCCCCUACCACACUUUCAUCGCAACAUUUCUUAAAUAUUUUUAUAAAAGAAUCGAGUCCCCAUCAUUAUCAUCUUUUUUUUUGUGACUGUGAAGAGAACAGUGUAAUUUUGAAAUUGUCUGGCAAUCAUUUUGCUCACCAUCUUUAAGGUCAAAACAAAAGCUACACAUCCAGUCCCCACUCAUCAGACUCCCCAAAGUCUGUGUGUGAUUCAGGUUGAUGUCUCCUCUCCACCUUAGAGUUUUCUUAGCCUUGAAGGGACAUGUGAUGAUGACUAGACUUUUUCUUAAUGAUGUGGUGAGUGUUGUUUGUGUUAUAGUGCUAGUAGUAUUCUAGGAUUUUUUUUUUGGUGAUACAUAUGGGUGUCCGACUGGCCAGGAACCUAUCCCAUUGAACCCCAUGUUAUAGUGAAUUUUAUUUACAAUACAGCAUUUUGAUUUGUGAUUGGGUUUCCAGGAACCUAACCCCAUUAUAAAUAGAGGUUUACCUGUAUUGAGGUUUUGCUGCACAUAAUUAACUAUUUCACUGCCAAAUUUAAAUGUUACAUAGAAAAUAUAUUGAACAUAUUAGGCCAGUGAAGAUCACUUCAUAUGCACAACAGAACUAGAUUACAUUGUAAAUUUGUUCUUGAAUAUUUCAUUGCACUUAGUAUUGAUUUUUAAAGGUAUUGCACCCUUUUGAAGUUUAAGAUUAUGAUUACUUUCAUAAACAUGUAUUUUAAAAUUUCUGGCCAACUGAUACCAUGGUGUGGAUGUUACUGAUAUUGCUGCAAUAUACAACUAGCACAUUUAAAGAAAACUGAAAAUGCCUUUAUAUGGUUCUACUUGUUGAAUGGAAAGCAUUCACUAGUCCAUACAAUAUUUUUGCAUAGUUAGAUAACAAAACUCUUUUUGUGUAUAAUAUAUAUAUAUAUAUAUAUAUAUAUAUAUAUAUAUAUAUAUAUAUAUAUAUAUAUAUAUAUAUAUAUAUAUAUAUAUAUAUAUAUAUAUAUAUAUAUAUAUAUAUAUAUAUAUAUUAAAUAUAACAUUAAUGGAUUUCAUAGUUUUGUUUAUCAACACUACACAUGCCUGCUUUACCAGCUGUCAAAAUUUGGUCUAAGCUCAAGAAGGACUUCAGAAACUUGUCUAUGAAGCUUAAACAUUGACAUUUUAUCAUUUGCCUGUUAACCAUUACAUAAGUCAUUGGUUAUUUGCUUGACCUCUUUAGUCCACUUGUAAAUAUAGCUGCAUAGUAUAACAAACAUAUUGUAUUUUUAAGCUUAUGUGAUAUAUUUAUGUUGUACUACAUUUUGAAGUAUAAAAAUUUUGUAAUAAACACAAUCUGAUAA